UGGCCCGGCAGAAGCUGCGGCAGAAGCGACCUGCCAAUAAUGGCGUCUCUGACGACCUGCCUAGGGGGCCAUGGGUCCUGGCGCCGAUUCGCCCGGCCGCUACUGCUGCACCUCGUGGUGGUGGUGGCGGCGGCGGCGGUGUUUCAGCCAGGAGUAGUAGUCCAUGGAGCGUCCUCGGCUGGGGACCAGAAAAUCUCAUCCAUCUUCAUAUUCGGCGACUCCAUCGUCGAUCCCGGCAACAACAACAACCGGUUCACGGAGGCGAAGGCCAACUUCCCGCCGUAUGGGCAGGACUUCCCCGGCGGCGUUGCCACCGGGAGGUUCUCCAAUGGGUUGGUACCCGGGGACCUCUUAGCUUCGAAGUUGGGUAUCAAGGAGCUACUGCCUCCUUUCCUUAGUGAUGAUCUUGAUCUACAAGACCUACUCACUGGUGUGGCGUUUGCUUGUGGAGGCAGUGGCUAUGAUCCUCUCACAUCAAAACUCGCGACAACCUUGUCCAGUACCGAUCAACUUGAACUAUUUCGUGAGUACAAAGAGAAGCUAAGAGGUUUGGUUGGAGAGGAGGAAAUGGCACGUGUUAUCUCAGAAGGCGUCUUUUUGACAGUAAUGGGGGCAAAUGACAUUUUAAAUAAUUAUUUCGCACUUCCUUUGAGACGUCAUGAAUAUGAUCUUCCAUCUUAUGUUGAAUUUCUUGUUUCGUCGGCAAUUAACUUCACCAAGACUCUGAAUAAUAUGGGAGCUAAGAGGAUUGGAUUUGUCGGUGUCCCACCAUUGGGAUGUUGUCCUUCACAAAUAACACUAGGAGGAAGCCCGUCACGUCAAUGUGAACCAUUAAGGAAUCAAGCAUCAAGAUUAUUUAAUUCUAGGAUCUCACAGGAAAUAGAGAUACUAAAUGCUGAACGAAGUGUUUCUGGAUCAAAAAUUGCUUAUUUUGACAUAUACUACAACUUACUUGAUCUUAUUCAGAAUCCAGCUUUGUAUGGGUUCAAGGACGUAAGCGAAGGUUGCUGUGGUAGCACAGUGUUAAAUGCUGCCAUAUUCAUUGCAUAUCACAGUGCAUGUCCAAAUGUCAUUGAUUAUAUCUUCUGGGACGGCUUCCAUCCUACCGAGAAGGCUUACAACAUUGUAGUGGACAAGCUUAUUCAGCAAAAUAUGAAGUACCUAAUGUGAAGACAUUGUUGCUAUACACCAUAUAGAACAAUCUGACCAUGAAUAUGUAACUUUUAAUUUUAGCGACAUUUGCCAAAUGGACGAAACAUAUUGUAUGUAAAUCGCAUAAAAAUUAAUUUGUACUUCUCAGCUCAAAUUCCUUAUGUCUGUGUCAUCAUAAACAACCACAUGUCUGUAGUUUCUUUUGGUGUAACAACCAUCAGAACACCUUUAUGUUUAUAAAACUGCCUGAGUAUCUUUAAAUAGUACCA